GCCAAGAAAAAAAAGGCGAGAGAAAACACGAGACUCGCCGUCCCUUUCACCGUCUCCGCCUUUCCCUCUCAGAUCUCUACUCGUCUCUCUCCUGUCGCGCGCGGCAAUGGCCGACGAGGCCCUGGGCGCCGCGCCGCCGCCGCCGCCGGCGGCGGAGACGGAGACGAAGGCGGCCACGCCGGUGCUGCUGCGGCCGCGGCGGGAGGCGUUCGAGCACGGGCUCCUGCCGAUCCCCAAGCUGGUCUUCCCGGAGGCGGCGCUGACGCAGACCCUGGCCCAGAUGAAGGAGCGCCUCGCGUGCGCGCGCGCGGGCGCCCCGGCGCUCGCGGAGGCGCUGCAGAUCCCCCUCGACCAGGCGGCGCUGGUGCUCGGGACGCUCGCCGCGGUGCUCCCCGCGGAGGACCCCGCGCUCGGGGAGGACGGCACCGGGGACGCCGACCUCCGCGACGUGCUGCUCUUCCUCUACAUCCAGUCCUACAAGCGCCUCGUCCCGCGCGCGCACAAGGACUCGCCCGCGGUCGCCGACGUGUGGCCAUCCACCUCCGCCUUCGAUGGCUACCUCUCCGCGCUCUCCCCGAUCAAGCUUGUACGCAGUAACAGUCGCCGGUUUAUGCCUUCACAAGCAGAUGAAGAAACUCAUCAAUUAUCUUAUUUGCAAAAGCAUAUGGUCAACAUUCUAAGCCUUUUGGCAGAUUCUGUUGAUGGAGAGGGUGAUGAGUCUAUGGUAUUGACGGCAGAGACUUUUGAGCAUCUUGGAUUUUUAUUGCAGUUUUCUGAAGGAACAUGUUUAAGCCAAGUGGCUACAUUUUUUGCAAAUUCUGAUCCAGACAUGCCUGCUGCACCUGUUCCUGCUGCUCAGGUCCUUGAUUGGAUUCUGCAGAAUAUAGCUGCUUCAUUGGACAAUAUAGCAGAAAAAUUGACAGCAAAGGAAAACAGCCAACAGAAUGCAUCUGAUCCUGAUGUGACAAUGGCUGAGGCUGUGACAAAUACAAGAAUUCAGAGCAGUUCACCAACUGGAACUGCUGUACCAAACAAUCAAGGACACUACAGAAAUACAACUUUUCUAGAGGGUUUCUCCAAAACUUCCGUUGUGAAACAAGCAUCAGAUAUAAAAGGGCACUCAAUAAAGGUUUUGAACUGCCAUGAUUCUGUUAUCUACAUAUUAGCGCCUGUAAAAUAUGCCACUGUCUAUGGAUGUUCUGACACUACUAUCGUUCUUGGUGCUGUUGGUAAGGUGGUAAAAGUGGAGCAUUGUGAACGAGUGCAAAUCAUUGCAGCAUCAAAGCGAAUUUGUGUCGCCAAUUGUCGUGAAUGUAUAUUCUACCUGGGAGUAAAUCACCGACCACUUAUUGUGGGUGACAACCAUAAAUUACAAGUUGCUCCAUUCAAUACUUAUUAUCCACAAUUGGGAGAACAUUUGGCGCAAGUUGGUGUGGAUCCUAACAUCAACAAGUGGGACCAACCUUUUGUGCUGGGAGUUGUUGAUCCACAUGAUUCAUUAUCUCAUCCUGCAGGGGUUUCUGAUGUCCAAGCUGAAUCUGCUACUUGUCUAGAUCCUGAUCUAUUCACCAACUUUUUGAUUCCGAGUUGGUUUGAGGCACAAGGGCCUACAAAUUAUAAUCCAUUUACACUGCCUGAAAUUUAUUGGGCAUCCCAAAGGAAAAAGCAUGUCUCGCUGGAAGAUAUACAAAAGAAUAUCCGAGAAUUGAAGCUUGAUGAUAACCGGAAAAAAGAAUUGGCAUCUGCUCUUCAUGCCCAAUUCAAGGACUGGCUAUAUGCUUCAGGAAAUAUCCGCCAGCUAUACUGUUUGCAAGGGGAGUGAGCAUCUGGCUUUCUUCAAUCUUCAUUCGCACGUGCUUAUUUGCACCUUCAAGAUCGUGUACCCUCACCCAACUCCGUCUAUCCAACCACAUUGUCCGAGCUGACUCUCCAACUGAGCCUGAUCCACCUGGUCUUCAAGCUACUACUAUUAUUUAGGGAAGAAUGUAAAGAAAAAAGCGCACUGCCUAUUUUUUGCCAAUUAAUUUUGAUUAUUUGGUAUGUGGUUGGUCGAUGGACUGCAUCUCUGGGGUUUUUGUUGUGGCUUUAUUUAUCUCCUCGAUAGAAUCUACGAGGAUGAAUAGGGAUUAUUCCUUUUCUUUUGAAAAUAAACAUUCUUUUUUGCUGAUAUGACGAGGCCAUAUCCUGUAUUUUUGUACCCUAAGAUCCGGCUAGUGCAACAUAUGUGCGCCCAUAGAUGUUUGCCUUAGCUGCAGUGUUACUUUGUUUCUGACAAGGGGUUAAGCCUGUAAAUGUAACUUCAAAAGCAUCACAUGAUGAUAAACCGAAGGCAAACCUGGUAGAAAACACCCAUUUUUCUUGGGCA